GAAAGUUUCAUUUCCAAUUUCCCCAUUUCUGGUUCUCCCCUCACCGAAGGCAGAAGUAUCUCUAAAAUCUCCGGCAGUCAAACUCACAUAGUCUCUGUGUCGGAGUUGGAGUGGAGCCCUCUCAAAUUCAAUCAAGAGUUUCUCUCUCGGUGUCUCAUCGGAACUUUCUCUACCUCUCCUAAUCAUCAGGUUGUGGAACUGUUUAUGCGGCUUCUUAUUGAGUCAUGAGGAAUCACAGCAGUAGAGAAUAGUGGUUGGACUAGGGCGGUAGUGUGGUAAAAUAGAGGACCUUAUAAGCGGGUGAAAUGGAAUGUAAUAAAGAUGAGGCCACCAGGGCAAAAGAGAUCGCUGAGAAAAAGUUUUUAUCAAAGGACGUUGUUGGGGCUAGGAAAUUUGCUCUGAAGGCUCAGAAUUUGUAUCCAGAGCUUGAGGGGGUUUCCCAGAUGAUAGCCACACUUGAUGUUUAUAAUCAUGCAGAGAAAAAAAUUAACGGUGAAGCUGAUUGGUACGGGAUACUUGGUGUUAACCCACAAGCUGAUGAUGAAACAGUACGGAAACAUUAUAGGAAGCUGGCUCUAAUGCUUCAUCCUGAUAAGAACAAGUCCAUUGGAGCGGAGGGGGCAUUUAAAUGUAUUUCAGAGGCAUGGAGUUUGUUAUCCGAUAAAGGUAAGAGAGCAGUGUAUGAUCAGAAGAGGAAAGGAAGAGGUUUUCAAAAGGUUUCAACUCCUGGUGCAGGUUCAUCGGCAUCACCUGGCACUAAUGGUUUCAAAAAUUUUACCAAAAGUACCACUUCGAAUGUGAGGGCAAACAAGACUUCCUAUCGGGCUUCUCAAUCUUCAACUCCCACUUCAUCUCACAAGCCUAAAUCCAAUACGUUUUGGACCGUCUGCCAUCGAUGCAAGAUACAAUACGAGUAUCUUAGGGUUUACCUUAACCAUAAUUUGUUAUGCCCCAAUUGUCAUGAGCCAUUUUUGGCUGUGGAGAUAGCUCCACCACCGUCCAAUAGUUCUGAACCCUCCACUUCAUGGAAUUUUCUCCAGGAGCAGCCACAGAAUUCAAAUCAUAAAGCAGCAAAAAAUUCAGAAAGGAAAACUGUAAGCUCACGAAAUGUGGAAAGGAGUGUGGUCGAUGAUGUUGAUUCAUAUAACCAAACAAACUGCCAAUGGGGGCCAUUUUCCAGAACAUGUGGUGCUUCUGCUGCUCAUGUUGCAAGUGUGGUUCAGCAAGCGUAUGAGAAAGUGAAACGAGAACGUGAGGAAGCACAGGCUGCUGGAAAAAGAGAGGAGGCUCGGAGAAAGCGUAAUGCCUCAAAGAGGACAAGUGGUGUAUCAUCCAGCGGGCAUAAUUCAGCCAAAAGAAGGCGAGGAACGGAGUCCGGUUCAGAUUUCCCAGAUCAAAUUGGUGUUGACAAGGCUAAUUUAUCUGGAUCCAAACAAGAUGGUUUUGAAACAAGUAGUGCCAAUGGUAUCACAAAGCUCAAUAGCGCAAGGGAUAUGCUCCAGUUUGAAAUUCCAGGUGUAUUGAUGCAGAAGGCUAAGACAAAAAUCUGUAAGAGAUUACAUGAGUGGAGUUCAACCACAGCAGAUAAAAAAGAAUCUCAAUGGGAGGAAAGAACACAUGAGAAAGAAAACGAAAGAGGAGAACAAUAUUUGGUAAACACUGAUACCUGUGAUGAAGUCAAGUCUGGCCAAUCAGUUGAUGCUAAUGAUGGAGUAUGUAGAAUCAAUUCUCUUUCUGGAACCUCUUCUGUCAAAUUGGAGGCUGAAACCUUGCAAACUUUAUCAAUUAUUGUCCCAGAUCCUGAUUUUCAUGAUUUUGACAAAGAUCGUACUGAAAGAUCGUUUGGAGGUAGUCAGGUAUGGGCUGUGUAUGAUGAUGAUGAUGGGAUGCCCCGUUAUUAUGCCAUGAUUCACAGUGUGAUUUCUUUUGAUCCAUUUGCGGUACGGAUCAGUUGGCUUAAUUCAAAAACUGAUGGUGAACUGAGUCCACUAAAAUGGGUCACCUCUGCUUUCCCAAAAGCUUGUGGGGAUUUCAGAGUAGGCAGACACAGGAUCUAUAAGUCUCUCAAUUCUUUUUCUCACAAGAUUAGGUGGACCAAAUGUGGUGCCAUUCAGAUAUAUCCCAGGAAAGGCGAUGUUUGGGCACUCUAUAGAAACUGGACACCUGACUGGAAUGAGCUGACUGCAGAUGAAGUGAUACACAAGUAUGACAUGGUAGAAGUGCUUGAAGACUUUGAUGAAGAUGAAGGUGUAAUUGUUACUCCUUUGGUCAAAGUUGCUGGAUUCAAGACAAUCUUUCAUCGACACUUGGACCUCAAAGAAAUCAGGAGGAUUCCGAGAGAAGAGAUGUUUCAAUUUUCCCAUCAUGUUCCUUCAUACUUGCUUACUGGUCAAGAAGGUCCAAAUGCUCCAAAGGGCUGCCUGGAAUUAGACCCUGCCGCUACUCCAUCAGACUUUCUUCAAGUAAUAAUAGACAUACAGCAAGAAGAGAUUGUGGAGAAUGGUGAAAGGAAUGAAGUGAAGACUGUGGUUAACAACGAGACUUGUGAAGAAAAUCGAAUCGAUAAUGGUGAAAAGGACGAAGAGGAAACUCUGGGUAACAAGUAGCAACAAGAUGUGUGUAAAAUUCUUGAUUGUUCAGUCUAGGGUUCCAAAAUUAAAAAUCUACAAUUCUUUUAUGUAAACAGAAGCAAAAGCUCAACGACGGUCUAGAAGUGACCAGGCCGUCUCUGUAAUGAGUGAUCUGAUUAUUGCCAAUCAUUGAUGACGAUUGGGUAUAUGUUACCAUUUGUGGUGAAAGACAGUCAAUAUAGUUAUUAUUAGGAGACCA